CAUAUUUUUUGUUGCUUUGAUAACUAGUUACAUAUUGAUAAUAAAUUAGUUUUCUUAAAUUUUGUACAAUUUUUAAAGGGAAAAAAUAUAAAGGCUUUACUACAAACUGCGUUUUGUCAACAUAUGGAUUAGUUGCAGCAACUUUUGUGUACCUACAUUGCUUCACAAACUCGAUCAUCUUCUUCUCUUCCUUUCUUUUCCUUCUUCUCACAAAAAUUAUGAUAAGUUUCCACAAGGGCAUUUUCGUCAUUCUUAGGUCAUCAAAGUCAAAAGCUAAACUAAGAUCUUCUCCGUCCGACAAGAUACAAGACACGAAACACAAAAGCCCUAUUUAAUGCAAAGAUAACACACACACUUAGCCUCAUUCACUAAGAUCCUUAAUUAAUCUGAUUGCCUUCAUCAGAGUCUUUCUCCCUUGAGAGUUCUAGGAGAUCUUCAACAGCUAGUAAUAAUGGGGCGUUCACCAUGUUGCGAUGAGAAUGGUCUAAAGAAAGGGCCAUGGACACAAGAGGAGGAUGAGAAACUGAUUGAUCACAUUCAAACACAUGGCCAUGGCAGCUGGAGAGCUCUUCCGAAGCAAGCCGGUUUAAACCGAUGCGGAAAGAGUUGUAGAUUGAGAUGGACUAACUACUUGAGACCUGACAUCAAGAGAGGAAAUUUCACUGAGGAGGAAGAACAAACAAUUAUCAACCUCCAUUCCCUUCUUGGAAACAAGUGGUCGUCGAUAGCCGGUAAUCUUCCUGGAAGAACGGACAAUGAAAUAAAAAACUAUUGGAACACACAUUUGAGAAAGAAACUUCUCCAAAUGGGGAUUGAUCCGGUGACCCAUAGGCCAAGAACCGACCAUCUAAACGUUUUAGCUGCUCUCCCGCAGCUUAUAGCCGCCGCAAAUUUCAACAGCCUCUUGAAUCUCAAUCAAAACGUGCAAGUGGAUGCAACAACUCUUGCUAAAGCUCAACUUUUACACACUAUGAUUCAAGUCCUUGGCACCAAUAACAACACCAAUCCUUCUUUUUCUUCAUCAACUAUGCAAAACAGUAGCAAUCUCUUUGGCCAAUCUUCUUACUUAGAGAACCAAAAUCAUUUUGGUCAGUCUCAAAACUUCUCCCACAUUCUUGAGAACAAUCAUGAUGAGCAUUUGAUGGUAAAAAGCCAAAUUAUGGAUCACCCUUUGGAAUCUUUUUCUUCCCUGCUGAUACAACCCGAUUUUCAAGAUGACCAUAAUUCACUCCCUCUAUUGGUUCCUGCUUCUCCUGAAGAAUCUAAACAAACUCAAACGAUGAUCAAGAACAAAGAGUACAUUGCGGAUUACCAUCAUCAUGAUACUGCAAAUCCUUCAUCAUCAAAUUCGACGUUCACACAGGAUCAUCUUCAGCCAUGGUUUGACACUAUUGAUGAUGGAGCAAGUGCUUCUUAUUGGAAAGAUAUAAUAGAGCAAACGUGUUCGGAACCAUGGCCAUUUCCUGAAUAGACAAGAUUAAAGAGAGAAUACUUUUAUAAUUAUUUGUUGUCGAUAGAGUUAAAAGCAUAUUUAUUCUUCACUAAUCCUUACAGUUUUUGUUUUAAGACCAUGUGUGGUAGACAUUGUUCUUGUACAAACUUAAUUUACCUUACUGUAUUAAAUACAAAUACUGUAUUCGUGUUUGUAAUUACUUUCA